AUAGGUUUGUAUUAAUCGGCGAAUUCUGCAACAGUUAACUCGAACUUUAUUUGUCCUCCGACAACAAGUUGUACGAUUUUGUCUUCCACGAGCACAACUUUUAGAAAGAAAGUUAGUGUAAGGACGUAUUCACUUAUUGAGGAAAAAUGUCGAGUGGGGAUGAUGAGGACCAAGCGGCUCGUCGAGUUCGGACGAUGCAAGACCUUCUACGCUUCUGUACCCAGGGCACCGUCUCGGAGGACGCCCCUGCACCUUCCCCCCUCGACCCCGAGAGAGCGGCGUGGCUCCAAAAUGCACUCAAGGCCUUCAGUGUCGACAUUGUCCAGGAAAUGCUCCAAGCAAUUUCCAAUAUCAAGAAGGAAUUGCAAGUGUUGAGCCAAAGUGAUGCUGACUUUAACAGGGGUCAGGAUUCUUCCAUAUAUUCUAUCGUGUCAUCGGUAGAUACAUUGAUUGAGCGUACUGAAGAUUUAGACAUUGCUGCAGACUUUGAUAAGAUUGGAGGAUUCGACAUUAUUCCGCCACUCCUUGACUCUGGGUAUUCUCAACUACAAAUUAAGGGGUGUGAACUUGUGGGCGAGCUUGUGCAAAAUCAUGAACCCUGCCAGGCAGCAGCUCUGAGACAUGGCGUUUUGGAAAUGCUCAUUAAACUAUUGGAUGAAUCAACCGAGACAGUGAAACCAAAAGCAUUGUUUGCCUGUUCGUGCCUUAUCCGGUCUAACUUGGAAGCACUGAAUAUAUUUGUUAAUAAAUUAGAUGGAUUUUCAGUUUUGUUAAGAGCCAUGCAAACUUCUGGUGAGCAAGCAGAGAGGCUUCGCACUAAAGCUUCAUUUCUUCUCAGUUUAAUCAUUGGAGGACAUUCUGACUUUAAGGAAAUAUUGUUAAGGAUGGGGUUUAUUGAGCAAAUGGUUGCACUGUUGCAUCAAGAAUGGGAUCAGAGCCAUGAACAUUUACUAUCAAGUCUGCUAAACUUUAUGACGGACUUUCCCCAGGCUGCGGAGGAGGCCUUACGCCCUCAGCUAAAAUUCAGAGCACUCCUUAAUCAAAAAUUAGUUAGAACACAGGGAAAACCCGAGUUUCAAGAGGAGGAGGGAUAUUGUAAAGCUAUUUUUAAUUUACUGUCCGAUUCUGCCAGCGAUACUGGUAUAACGACAGAAAUGGAAAGAUGAGAAACUCUCAGUACAGCUUUGCUUAGCCCGGACCAGGGUUGAUUACUGUUUUGCACCCUGGUUUUGCACUAUUUACAAGCGUUAAUUCUUCGUAUUAUUUUUGAUCUUUGUUACUUUUUAUUAAAAUGUUGUCAUAUUACAAUGUUCAGUGUUGUUUGACUUUAAUAAAAAUUCCCUAGUAGCUUAUCGAA